AUGAGCCGCCGCCCGUUUGGAGUGACAGAUGAGAUAGCCUUGCAUAAGCGGGUGGCACUUGUCGAAAGGGAUUUCCCCGAAGAUGUCAGGGAGAGCAUAGCGCAGCUCGGCGAUCUCGCACAGACAUAUGCUGCUUCUGUCAUAGACGAUAUUCGCUCCACAUAUACCCACUACGCUGAGGAACUAGACACCAUCAAGGACGCCCUCUCGAGCAUCGUCCCUCUGGCCGCGCAAUUCAAGGCUACCAUCGGGGCUCACAGCGAAAACAACGGGAGCAUCUUUGAUGACAUCUCCGAGCGUGUGGACGAAGUCUACGCCGGGCUUGCUGAGAAGCUCGUAGCCGCGUUCCCGCCGCCAAGUCACGCACCAGGCCAUGCCACACGACAGGAGCUGUUCGAUAUGAUCCUAUCUGAAGCAGAAGAUGCUAUCGUGAGCGUUUGCGUCCGGGCAGGACUACCCGAGGAGGAUGCGAGAGCACACUUGAGCGCAUUGCGCUCUACCCUCGUCGUGAUCGUCGUGACGAUCGGAGACAUUGCUGAGCAGCAUCCAGAACUGCUCCCUAUCCUCGUAGUCACUGCGAUUACCAUGCUCAUCCCGGAGGAAUGGAUUUUAGACCCUCUGAUUCAGCUGUUCGGCAUUGGCCCUAGCGGCCCAGAGAAAGGCUCGAUCGCGGCGUGGGCUCAGCGUACCUUCUUCGGAGCCGAGGUGAAGGCCGGAAGCUGGUUUUCCUUGCUUCAAAGUGCGGGAAUGAAGCCUGGUGCACCCGCUACAAAGGGCGUUCUAGUAAAUAUCCUAGGUGCAAUUGGUGCACUAGGUUCCACCGUCACGGGCAUCAUCGAUCACUGGAAGCAUGAGUAG